AUGGAUAAAAGGUCCAUCAUCCGCGUGUUCUCCUACGAGCCAGGUACCAAAGUCACCAAGCAGAAGCGGACGCUUGAAUUUCCGAUGUCAAAGAAAGAUGACCGCCAGUUGGAGGUCAUUCGGAAACUUCUUAUAGAUCGCAAAGUUCUUGGAGCACUGGAUGUACGAAAUCCUUUCUGCGAUGCCGCUGGAGCGGAGGUCUCCGACCAGAUGACCAUUUCUGUAUAUCUUGAUCAACUUGUCGAAGAUGUUCAAGAGGGUGUUGAGUCAGAGACCCAAACCAAAGAUGGGGAAGAAGCUGCAGCGAAGCCUAAGGAAGAGGAAACCCCAAAGUUUUACUACAAGAAGUCAAAGGUUCAAACAAAGACCGACAACGCGACGCAAGAGUUUCUCAAAAAGAAACUUGAUCUAAAGCUUCGAAGUAAUCCGACUCUCAGUCCCAUGAGAGCGCAGCUACUUCAAUCAGCAUUUCAAAGUGACAAGUGGACUGCGGCGCCGGCCGCCAAGCUGUCUGUUGUGGCCGAGUUAUCCGAAAGAGACUGGAGCAUGAUUGCCAGGACCAAUUGUUUACUUAGUGGCCAACGAUUGACGUACAGCGGAGACUUCAAGGAUUCUACGGUGGAGAGAACUCCAUUCAACGCUUUCAAGAUCAAGAGUCGCACAUUCGACUCGUAUGAGAUUGUUGCUCCUACUGGACAGAAGAAUCAAGCUAUUGGAGACAUCGAAGCUCACAUUCCGCGGUUCAGAGUUGACGACUCAUCCUACGUAAAUGUCAUCGAGACGCAAAACGGCCUUCAGGCGUCAAUGGCCAAGAGCUCUUUCAGCCAGAGUUCGAUCGAAGCUUCCGCCGGUGGUGGGUUCUGGGGUGUAUCUGCUGCCGCCAAAGGUGGUGUCGCUACUAGGAAGGGCGACAGUGAAAUUACUACCAAUUCCGAAGAGCAAAAGCAAAUGCACGUUAUUUACAGCUUCCCACGUGUCACUGUCUAUCUGGAUGCAGACUCGCUCGAACUGACCGACGAGGUCAAGAGAGACAUUGCAGAGGUAAAGAGGCUGAAAACAAAAGACAGUGUCAAGAUGUUUGGGGAUAAGUACGGUCAUAUCUUUUCGCGGCGUGUUAAACUUGGUGGCCGACUCAUUUCUUCGCAUCAGAGUACGGCAACGACUGCAGAUAAAAAGGCUGAGAGUGAAAACUCACUGAAAGCUGCUGCGGCCGUCUCAGUAUCUGGAUACGGGUUUUCAGCUUCUGCAGAAGCUAGUCACGAAACCGGUGGCAGAAGCAAUACUAGUGAGACGCAGCAAGACUUUGCAAACAACAUGGCGUGGGAGGCAACUGGAGGUAACACGGUGCUCUGCAACAACCCUCCCGAGUGGUGCGGGACUGUGGGUAACUUUCGCAAUUGGCGAAUUGUCGAGCAAAGCGACAUCAUUCCUCUCACCAAGUUUAUUAGCACCUUUGAUGGUUAUGAAAGCUUAGAGCAUGAUUUUCACGAAAUAGCAGGAACAUAUAAGCUACAAAUUGGGGCAGAUGUCUAUUACAAAGUCCAGCUCAUAGACGUUGAAACAAACAACAGACUAAUUGCAGGACCUAAGGACGGGGUUAAUCCACUAAAGAAGGCAAUUAUCAAGGUAGGCGGCAGACUGGGGCACGAGCCUAAAAUUCAAAAGCUACUUCAUGACGCUUUGGAGGAUAGUAAAGCCGGAAGCGUUAAGUUCCAAGACAAGGACAGCGAACAAGAUACUGGCUCAUUUUGGGUGCUGGAACGAACAUUUCCAGCAGGAGACAUCCCUGAACUUCGAUGCGAUAUUGGCUAUUUUAUCACCAAUGAAGUAAUGCCAGAUGAUCGCAAGCACUUGGGUCUAUUACAUCCGACUUCUACAAGUGAUCCGGAUUUUCUUUACCCAAGCACCGAGGCGAACAGGGGCUAUUUCCUUCUUAGGAGACCAAAGGGAGAUCAGCGAAAAGGUCCAAUUGAAUCGGGGGACACAGUGGUACUCGAGGUUUGGAAUGCCAAUAAAACAAGGACAAUGGGUUAUGUGAUGAGAGGCAAGAUCAAUAAAAACGACAAGCCGACCGCGAACGAUAUCAAUCAGGUCCUAUCAGUCGCGCCCAAAACGCACGACGCGACAGAUAACUCGGACAGGAUAGUCGAGUUUAGAGUUGAGAUAGAUCACUUCUGGCAUCGUCCCCGACCUUGA